AUGGCUGCCCUCAGACCCUUGAUGAAGCCUAAAAUUGUAAAAAAGAGGACCAAGAAGUUCAUCUGGCACCAAUCCGACCGCUAUGUCAAGAUUAAGCGCAACUGGCGCAAGCCCAGAGGCAUUGACAACAGGGUGCGGAGAAGAUUCAAAGGCCAGAUCUUGAAGCCCAACAUUGAUUACGGGAGCAACAAGAAAAACAAACACAUGCUGCCCAGUGGCUUCCGCAAGUUCCUGGUCCACAAUGUCAAGGAGCUGGAAGUGCUGCUGAUGUGCAACAAGUCUUACUGUGCAGAGACUGCUCACCACGUUUCCUCCAAGAAUCGCAAAGCCAUUGUAGAAAGAGCAGCCCAGCUGGCCAUCAGAGUCACCCAUCCCAACGCCAGGCUGCACAGCGAAGAAAAUGAGUAGAGGGCCCAUUUGUGAGUUUUAUUUGUGCUAAAUAAAACCAUAAAUGAAAAAAAAAAUCUGUUUUUCAAAGAAGGAAUGUGUGUCUGAGAAACAAGUUUACAAAUAACUGAAUUGUGCUGCUCAUUCAUUAGAAAGCUUCUAGCUGUUUUUACUAACAGGCUGACAAGACUAUACAGAAAUCCAUAAAAGGAAAACCAAUUACUACUGUGUAGAAAAGAUUCUGCCAUGUUAUUUAUUGGACCGUUGUGGGGGGUUUUUUGUUUUUCUUUUUUCAAAAAGACCUCAUAUAUAUUUCUUAAAUAUUAAAAUAGGUUCAGUUAAAGGGCUUUUUGGUUAAGGUCCACUGGUGGCCGGUUACUUGUUUCUUGAGUCUAUAUGGAUUUAUUUUUUUUUAAUUGUUCUUGGAAAGUUUCAAUUCAGUCUAUGUUGGAAAAAUGUCUAAAAUCAUUCAUCUUUGAAGGCAGAAAUGGGAUUCAAGAUGAUAAGACCAGAAUUGUUUUUCAUUCUAAUGGUUGUACACUGGAUAGCAGGCAAAUUACUUGGUUUCUUUGAGCCCUAUUUGUAACCCCCUACGUGAAGACUGAAAUGGCAUUAGGAUACGCACCAUAUGCCACCAAACUGAUUCCAACUCAGUGACCCUAAAAAGGGGUCCCGACAUCGCAAAUUUUUAGAGGAACUGACAGUCUCAUCUUUCUCCCUUGGAGUAACUGUUGGGUUUAAACUACUGAUCUUGCACUGGCAGCCCAACACCUAACCCACAGUGCCAUCAGGGUCGCUUAAUAUGGCAUUACAUCAGGGAAUAUACAUGAAGAAACCCAAAACCAAACUCAAGGUCAUUGAGUCGGUGGAGACUCACAGCAACCCUAUAGGACAGGGCAGAACUGCCCCGAGUUUCUGAGACUAAGUAUUGGAGUAGAAAGCCCUCUCUUUCUCAGUGGACAUUGGCAAAUUUAGAAAACAAUGUAACAAUUCACAGGUAAAUUAGUCACACAAAAAAAUCCUGCCAUGGAGGAAGGAACAUGUUCUCUAGUGAAAGGAAUCUCUCACAACCAUCAAGAGCGAGCCAGAGGUGGGGGGCAGCGGCAGCAGCCGCCCCGGGAGCCUAAGACAGAAGAGGCAGGGUCCAGGCCGAGUGUCUGGGCAGGAGGCUUAUUGGCAGAGUGGGGUGCACUUAAUCUGGGGAGCUUGGUUUGCCAGCCAACAGAGCUAGAGCCAAGCCAUCCUUUUUGAAGAAAAGUUUAGUUUGGAAUGAACCAUCAGCAACCCAAUACAGUAAAAACCUUUUGGAGAACUUCAAAAGCUGGCCUGAGGGAAUCUGAAUUGCGAAGCAGAAAGGUCAGCUCGGGCUCUAGAAACUAUUUGGGGAUUACCAAGGGAUUAGAUUUUCCCCAAGGACACACGGGGGCUUAAAUUCUGAGAACUGGAAAUUGCAUUGGUGAGAAAAAUGCCAGUUAGGUUCAACUGAAGAACAUUUUUUAUUGACAGUGUGCCUUAUUCUCAGGGCAGCAAAGGCUGCCUGCCCUGUAAGAAUUUUGUUGGGAAACCUCAGCCCAUCCACACUAUAACCUCAAGUGACCUCACCCCUUCACCCUUCUUUUCCUGCCCUAAAGCCAGAACAUUUGGAAGCCAUCUGCGCUGAGCCCUCCAAGGAUGCCACCUGCCUUUCUGACAUGGUGUAAACAGACGAGUGCCAAGUUCUCUGGGGAAGGACUGGACAAGGAGGUAAAAGCGAAAUGCUUUCAGGAAAAAAUGAAAAUCUACAGGCAAUUGUGACCUGAAGGAAUGUAAACCAUAACCAAGAGAGCCCACCUGGAGUGAAGGCCCAGCCCAAGAGGGCUCCUACAGCACCCGAGGCCCUGCCAGCUUUCCCCUUUCACCGUUCUGUUAUCCGUGGCCCCCACGGCCGAAAAGACCCCACGAUGGGUGACAGUUCCCCCAUGAUCAGACGCUAAUAAAGCAACUAUUCCAAAUGUG